AUGGGUGCAACAUUUUCGUCCACGAAACAAAAACCUGUUGAUUUUGAACGUCAUUUAUUAGGUUAUAAAACUGCUGCUACCUCUUUACCACCAGAAUGUCUUCGUGAAGUCUUUGAAUAUCUUGAUAAAGGUUCUCUUUAUUCUUCUCUUCUGGUUAAUAGAAGUUGGUGUAAAGUAGUUGUUCCUUUAUUAUGGAGAUCUCCUUUUCGAACAGCAAACGGACCGUCACUUGAGACAGCGAAAAUUAUACAAACUUACAUUACUUGUCUUUGUGAAAAAUCAAAAGCAUAUCUCAUUAGCAAUGGAGUAAUAUUAUCACCUUUAACAACUAAAAAUCCAGCAAUUUUUGAUUAUCCGUCUUUUCUUCGUGAAUUAAAAUUUGUGGAAUUAUAUAAUGCUCAACAAUCAACUUUUUUAAGAAUUUUAAUUGCAGAACAAUUAUUUAAAUUGUUUAUGAAUAGGUGCCCAACUUUCGAAAUUCUUUCAUUAUCAGAUUUAUCACACGAAGCGCCUAUGCCAUUGGUACCACUUUUAACUGGAACUGAAGCUGAUACAUGCUUAAUUGGACUUAAAGCAUUUCAUUGUGUAAGUAAGCAUGGAGGUAAAAGAGAUAUUUUUCGAGCCAUGUCUCAAGUUUCAGAAAUUCUUGAAACAAUGUGGGUCGGUGGAGUUGAGCAAGAAAUGGAAGUUAAAGCUUUAAGUAUUUUUAUAAGAGCACAAAAAAGAUUAAAGGCAUUUAAAUAUUCAUGGGAUUAUCAAACACGACUUCAAAUUAUUUUAAUUGAAACACUUGAAGCACUUAAAACACAAGCAAAUAGUUUAACAACACUUCAUUUUGAAUAUUGUAAUUUCGCACACUGUGAUUCAUUAGAACCAUUGGCUACCUGUGUGAAUUUGGAAAUUAUUCAAUUUAUACAAUGCAUAUAUUUAGCGGAAAAAAUGCGACCUUUAGCAAAAGUAUUUUUCCCACGAUUAAAGACACUAGGAUUUUAUUGUAAUUUUUUAGAUUCAGCAAGAUAUUGGAUAGAUCCAU